GUGCACGUGUUGUUUUUAACGAUCAGCUGGGACUUUCCGUCUCACAAUUAGUAAAUCAUUUUUGUUAGAAUAAUAAAUUUGAAUAAUUAUUUGAUUAACUUUCAGCUACUGCAAUUUUAAACCCUAUAAUUUCAAAUGGGGAAAAUAAAACGAGCUCGAAAAAAGAAAACCCCGGUGGCCAAAGUUUCAGAAGGAAUUGGCAGUGCCUACAAUGAAGGCUUUACUAAGCUUGUGGAUACAAGUUCCCGUGACUAUAUAUAUGAUGAAAUUGACCAGUACCAUGAAGACGUGGAAAAAGCUGAUCUUCUUAAAGCACAUAGGGGCAUGCAUACCAAGCGUGCUAAGAAGGAAAAUCUGCUAUCCCUAAAUAUGGGAUCAUCUGAUGAUGAGAUGGAUGAGGACGAGCCAAGUGCCAGCAGUAGUGAUGAUGAAGAGCCUAUUGAGAGCCAGCGCUUCUCUGCUGCAGAUGACAUUGUUGAAGCUGUGGAACAAAAAUUGCCAGAUGCUCGUGCUUGGGGAAAAGACAGAAAUCUCUAUUAUGGCACCAAUGUCACUGAUCAAAACCUUAAAAAACGUGCUCAUCAAAUGCACAAGAAGGAAGUCUAUGAUGUGGCUACACUUGAAAUGGAAGCACAUGCUGAGCGCCGCAAGAGGCUUGAGCAGCAGCUACAAGGAUUUGAUCCCAUGGAUAUUCUCAAUGUGGCACCUUUAGAACAAAAGGAUGGCUGUACAAGUACAAAAAUGCCGUUUGUCAUACAAUCAUCUUCUGGUGAAAAUCUAAGCAAACAGGAAAAGUUGAAGCUUCUUGAAAAACUGUCGCCUGAGUUUCGGCUUCUCAAAGAUGACAUGAUAGCAAAAUGCAAGGAGUGCGAGACGAUGUGGGCUCCACUAAUGAAGGCUCAUGCUGAUGGUCUCCUGGCUGCCUGUCCCGGCUUUGAGUACAUUACUCUCAAGUAUCGGCUGUGCAGCAAUUACCCGUUGUCGGUGAUGAACUACGUGUACGUUAUCCUUCAAGAAGGCCACAACGCAGUAAAGAAUCAUCCCGUGAUGGACCGGCUUGCCCGAUAUCGCUUCCUCUUCAAGGAGUUGACACUAUUGGACGAACUGAUGAAGGACCAAGUUACUACUCUUUUGAAUCGUCUAAAAAAUAACGAGCCACUUAAUUUACUGCACCCUCCUAUACACAGCUGA